ACACAUUUGUGUGCCUAAGAUGACAGUGGAUGACAAGACAUGAGGUCGCCAUGCCAUGUCACAGUGACAUCUUGUACACCAGACUCGUGUGGGUUCUGGUUUGUCUCAGCUCCUGUCAUGCACUGCUAGUAUGGGUUGACCAGCCAGUGAACAGAUCAACAUCACUAGGUCGCAAUGUUGUGUUGCCAUGUCAAGCUAGGUCUGUCAAUCAGAGUUCUCCUCCCCUGACUCUAAGCUACAACUGGCAGUUCAAUGGAGGCCUCCUGCCCAGCAGAGUGUCCAGAUUUUUCAACAACUCUCUGUACAUUCCUGCGGUUUCAGCGCCAGAGCUGGGCAACUAUUCCUGUACAGUGACUAGCACAAGGCAGGGAGUGAAUGGAAGUCUUGGGGCUGUAGUGGAAUCUCUGGCUGCCACAGCUAUUGUUGCACAAGCUUAUAUCCAAGAAUUUUUCAUCCAUCCAAGAUCCAUUGAGGCAAUGAUUGGUGAAAAGGUUGUCAUAACAUGUGUCACAGGAAAGAGCUCUCCAUCACUGAAGGUGAGGUGGCUCUUCAAUGGUCAAGUGGUGACUGUGGGCAGCCAGAUGACAGCCAGCUUUGGUGGUCUGGACGUGACAGGUCUCAGUGUCCAGCUGUCCAUGAAGCUCAGUCUGCCCCCCAUGGCGUUCAGUUUGUUUGGGGUGUACCAGUGUGUCGCUGCUAAUGAUGAGCUGGAUACAGAGGUGUACAGUAGUCCAGCCAAUGUGUCCUAUAAAUUCUCAGCCAGCCGCCAGCUUCCUGUGAUAGAAUGGAACCUUGAUGACCAGCUGAUAGUUCCAGAAAACCAGGACCUGGUUCUCUCAUGUAGCUGUCUGGACACAACAGAGCGUCCGGUCAUUACGUGGUAUUUUAACGAUGAUACAGUUAACGAGAACCAACAGGUUUACGUUUUAGCCAACCACAGCCUUGGAUUUUUCCCAUACCAGCCUGUCUACAGUGGGAAUUAUUCCUGUGGAGCCGUGAACUCAGUCGGGGAAAUUUUCUCCCCCACGGUCACGCUAGUCACUGCGGUGCUGGACAUUGACUUUGCUGUCCACCCAACUAAUACCCUGGUCAUGUAUGGAGAGGCUUUUACCCUGUACUGUGACCCACCCCACAGCAUCCCAGCUGCUUCAGUCACAUGGUACAAGAACUUCAGCGCUGUCAAUCUUACAGCUGGUGGAUUUCAAGUUCAAGGCUACAACCUUUAUAAGCCGUCUGCUAGUUUCAGUGAUGCUGGAGUUUUUUACUGCUUGGCUUACAACAGUAUGACAUUCCCUGACAGCAGAAAUUCUCAUUUGGCCACACUGACUGUAGAGGGUCCCCCACUGAUCACCACCCCUCCCAUCAACACUAAAGUUGUGAAGGGAAACUUUUUGCACCUAUCUUGUUUUGUCGAGGCUAAACCCCCUCCCACAACUUUUUGGUUGUUUCAAGGAAGAAACAUAACUCCGUCUAACAGGAUUGCUAUUGUUAACCAGGACCAAGAGCUGCUGAUAGCUGAGGUGGGCAAGGAGUGGGAGGGUCAGUUCACUUGUGUGACCAGCAACAAGUAUGGCAGUAUUUCAGCAGGCUCCUUUGUCACAGUUGCAGAUGGAGUGAACUUGACUGUACAAAAUUCAGUCGCCAAUUUGUCCAGUAUAAGAUGGUCCUUCAAUCCCCCAAACCUGCGUGUAGAAUCGGUCACCUAUCAACACGCAGGGAACUACACGUGUGUUGGGUCAAAUGAUGCGGGCACCGCCUCAUCCACUGGCACUCUUGUUGUCUAUGUCCGUCCCACUGUAUCUCUACCACCCAGCAACACAACUGCUCUCAUUGGUUCAUCUGCAACCUUGACCUGUGUAAUCAAAGGUCAACCUUCACCAUCCAUUAUUUGGUAUUUUAAUGCCAGCCUGAGCCUGCCCAGCAAUACAAACCUACUGGACCAGAACCAGACUCUGACUGUGAGGUCAUUGACCUGGCAGAAUGUGGGGCUCUACACAUGUGAGGGUCGCAGUGGGGUGGGGACAGCACGGGCUUCAGCCUUCAUCAAACUUUUAGUGCCACCACGUAUAGAUCAAGUCAUCUCCCCAUUGUCUCCUGUCAUGCUGCGUACCAAAUUUAGCCUGACUUGCUCGGCGUCAGGGAUUCCCUCCCCUACUAUACAGUGGCGCCGCAUGAACAACACUGUGACAUCAUCAUUGGAUGGGAGGGUGCGGGUGUCUGAUGCAGGUGUUCUCUCUGUGGACUUUGUCUUCCAGAAUGAUUCCGGUCCGUACGAGUGUGUGGCUAACUCUACCUCAGGGCUAGAUGUCAGAUCUGUUGUUGUCUCUGUGUUUGGCCUGCCUGUGGCACCAUAUCUACUUAGUGCUGUUCCACUGUCACCAGAGUCGGUGUAUUUGAUUUGGCAGUGGUCAGGUCAUGAUGACCCUACUCAGAAACUCAAUUUUUAUCAGGUCUCCUACAGAGAGAAAACUGCUGAGAGUCUUAUUGUGUACCCUGUGACCUAUCUGCAAAAUGUGACCAGGACAGAGGUCACAGGUCUCAAGCCUGGGACCUUGUAUAUUUUUUAUGUGUCAGCUGUCAAUGACAUUGGCACUAGUGACACCAGCAAUGCCUUGUCAGCCCUUACAUUGCAAUCAGCACCUUCCACCCCUGUGAACUUGAAGUUGAUAAAUGUUACAUCUGUUAGUGCAUCUUUAACCUGGGAGCAGCCCAUUACUCCAAAUGGGGUUGUCAGGAUGUACCAGUUAAGAUACAUCAACUUGGAUGCUUAUAGUUCAGCCUUUGUUGAGGUAAAUAUAUCCAGUCCAACAUUUCCAACCCAAGAAAUUUUCUUGGCACCACUGAGGCCUUACACCACCUACACAGCACAAGUUAGGGCUGCUAACAUUGACAGGGGGCAAGAACUCUGGGGGAACUUCUCAGCAGUGAUUACAUUCCUUACAUCUUCAUCCAAGCCAUCACUAGCUCCACAGUUCCUGCAAGCUGUUGCUGUAGAUCCUUACUCUGUCCAGGUCACAUGGCAGAGUGUUCCACUGCUGGCCCAGAAUGGUCCUAUACUCAACUACUGGAUCAGGUACCAAAACAACGAAACUGCUGUCAAUGCGAGCGUUAGUGUGAGCAAUGCAACAACGACAUACACCAUACGUGGGCUGAAACCCUGGAGGCUCUACACUGUCCUCAUGUACGCUGACAACCCUGCUGGCGCCAGUCCACUCUCAGAGGUUGUUCAAGUGUGGACACUGCCCAUUGCCCCUGUGGCACCACCUGGACGUCUGCAAGUUAGAGCCAUCUCAUCCACCAGUCUUCAGCUCUCUUGGAGUCCUAUACCAGGGGAGCUAACAACAUGCAAUGUGACCUCCUACAUAGUACAGUACAGAGUAGAAGGUAGCACAGUCUGGUCAGAGGUUCUCUCCCCUUCAUCUGAUCUCAACUUUACUAUACAGUCCCUCCAACCUUGGACCAGUUAUGAAUGUCAGGUGGCAGCCUUCACCUCCACAGUCACACCUGGGGUAGGGCUCUACACCCUACCUGUGCCAGCUAGGACCCUAGAGGGAAAGUCUACUGCAGUACAUGACUUCUCCUAUUGGCCAGAUCAAACCAGAAUAUCUCUGUGGUUUAAACCACCUGUAGACACUAAAGGUGUUUUAAAAGGUUAUUUAGUUGUCUACAACAAGGUGGACAAAACAUCUCAUAACAAUGGCUUUAUCAGAUUGGAUAUGAAUAUUUCAACAAGUGUUACACUUUAUGACCUUGACCCAGAUGUCAUGUACAACAUAAGCGUGGCUGCAGUCAAUGGGGCGGGGCCAGGGGAGGAGAUCAUAGCUCGUGUCAAAACCUUGCCAUUAACCCUUGUUGAAACAACACCAGUUGUAACCAUUCCUGCUAACACAACGCUAGAAGUUACUAACAUCACCGGCUACUUUCUGCGGCAGGAAGUCAACCACGUCAAGCAGAACCUUGCUGCCAUUGUGGCAGGCACCAUUGUAGGAGCCAUCGCACUUGUCAUCGUCACUGUUUUCAUUUGCACACAGUGUAUGAAAUAUAGAAGAAAACAGCGUUUGAAUUAUGAUGUAGAUGCAAGCUCAGAAACAGCAGAGCCAUCCAGUUCAUAUAGGCCUUUGGAAUCUGAUACGUCCACACCUUUCACACCUUCUGUUGUCAUCACGCAUUAUUCUAGUAUUAAAUCACAGCCAAUCACAGAGCCCGUUCCAUCCAUCACCACCAUCCAGACAACCAAUCACAGCAGUUCUUCUGAUGUCAGUGUUCAAGACAGUCAUGACCAGCACAAUAAUAACCUGGAGGGGAGCAAACAUGAACAGAAGUUACGUCCCCAUGGACUACUUUCUAUUCCUAAAAUUUCUGUUUCUCACGCCUACACUAAGCUGGAGGAUGAGAUGCUUGAACCACCUAAAGAUGACACCCACCAUGGCAUUGACAACCCCGCCUUCCUGCCUGUCAUCAUGAGGGAGAAGAAAAACCCAGUUCUGCUGCAAGUUCCUCAUCUGUCAGCUGUCAGUACUGACAACAUCUCCAUUAAUUCAGAUACAUUGAAGCGCCGCACUCGCAUGCGCACAGAAAAUGCUGUGGCCAUAGCUGUACUCAAAAACAACGAAUCAUCUUCUUCACUGGGAGACAUUGAUACUCAAAUGGACAUUGAAGCUGAGGUUAUUUUUCAUGAAAGAACUGAACUGUGAUAGGACUUGGAGGGUUGUUUUGUGAUCCAAUUGCACAUAAGUUAUUGUUUUUAAUUCACUGUGAUAUGAUAAGGUGUUUUGUCACAUCCUUGAUAAACUCACAAAGGCACCAUGGAUGAAAAAGGCCUUUUGAUGGAUGUUUUAGAUCUUUUUAAACUAACUCCAGAUUCUGAACAAAUUAGUUUGUUUAUUGUGUCUCCAUGUUGUUGUUUUUUUAAAGAUUAUGAAAAUAUUUUGUCAACGGCUCUAAUAUUUUAAUUUAUUUAAUAUAUAUAUUUUUUUUUUGGUCAUUUUCUAAUUAUUUGUAACUUAUGAUACCUCUAAGUGAGAAAUUCUUCCAGAAAGCUGAUGUGAUUAAUUUAUUAUUUGCCAAAUGAUUUAUGUGCAAUAUAAGUUAUUAUUCAGCCACAAGAACUAUUUAAAUCACUAGUGAUAUUUUAAAUAUGACAAAAAUAAAUUUGCAAUACAACAAGGGCUGUGGCUUUUCAAAAUAAAUAAAUUGAUUAAUUGACUGGAAUUAACUAACAAUUAAGGAGAGAUAAUUUCCCACAUCCUCGAGUCAAAGAGUAAAGAAUUUAUUCUCUCCCCUACGUUACUCUAAUUUGAAACCAAAUAAUUCAUUUUUAUAAAAUUGUAUUAUUUCACACCAAAACAAGAAUAUAUUUAAAACUCAUUUAAUUUCUGUUGUUUUUUUUGUGUACUUAACUCCCUUAAGUUCUUAGUUUUAGGAUGCUCUGCCUUGAUAUGGCUACAUGUUGUUUUAAAAACAUGAGGAAAAAACCUUUUUAUAUUUUUAAACUGCCCACAUUUUUUAAUGUAUAUAUAUUUAUAGUUGGCCUGUUUCAUUAUUACAUGCUAUUUCUAUGGGAACUGCUAUGUGUUCUUUAAGAGAUCAAAUUUAUGUGUUGGUAAAUUUUUAAUUUAUGUUCUUUUAAAUGUAAUUUUUUUUAAAAAUAUUUUAAUUUAUUUUAUUUUUUAAUUGAAAUUAGUGCCAUAUGAUUUAUUGAGUGUAUUCAUACACAGUUUUUCUGUACACAGUGCAAGCUUUUUAUGCUGAUUCAUAUUUCCAUGUUGUUGUUAGCAUUGCAAUACUCUUUUAUAGUUGUAUCAGUGGUGUCAUUAGGUUGGGUGUCACCCAGUGUGGUGUCACCCUCAAAUGGUGUCACGCUGUGUUGAACCGCGCCCCAUGCCUUGUGAGGCUGUGUGAUUGUAUGAAACCAGUGUUAAACAGAUGGCAAUAAAACCUUUAGUAAUGGCAUGAUAGAGUUGGACAGACUUUAGUAAUGGCAGGAUAGAGUUGGACAGACUUUAGUAAUGGCAGGAUAGAGUUGGACAGACUUUAGUAAUGGCAGAAUAGCUAGACAGACUUUAGUAAUGGCAGGAUAGCUAGACAGACUUUAGUAAUGGCAUGAUAGAGUUAGACAGACUUUAGUAAUGGCAUGUUAGAGCUAGACAGACUUUAGUAAUGGCAUGAUAGAGCUAGACAGACUUUAGUAAUGGCAUGUUAGAGCUAGACAGACUUUAGCACCAUGGUCUAGUCAUGGUGUGAUACUGCCUGAUUGAUUUUUGUUUGAUUUCCAAUUUUUAUCAUUAUCUAGUGCAGGGGUUCCCAACCUUUUUUUACUCUAGAGCACAUUCUAAAAUAUCGGUAGGGUGGCGGGCACCACCUAUU